AUGAAGACAAGGGCGAGUUAGAGACCAUCCAGAACACAUUCAGCCUCGAGUCAUGACUCACCAUGAUUCUGUUCACUGUGGAGUCAGAUCCUGACAGCUCCAGCUGUUGCCAAGUUUCUUAACAAAAACAAUUACAUCCAGGAGCUCCGUCAGAGCUGUGGAGGAAGAUAUGUUGUUCUGAACAUCAAGGACAAGCAGCAGAUCCCAGAGCUGCUGGACAUGGUGGAAAAAAACAGUCAAACUAAGAAUGAACCAUCCUGCUACACAACAGAAACAUUUGCACAUGCACAGGUGGAUAAAGUCAUACAACAAGAGAAACAUAUCAACAUGCAACAAGCUGAACUGGAGAGGCUGAUGAAGAAAAACAAGAUCUCUUGUGAUGAUGAACAGAGAUCAGAGUGUCUCAGGAUUGUGCUGCUCGGGAAGACUGGCAAUGGAAAGAGCUCCUCAGGAAACACCAUUCUAGGAAGAAAAGAGUUUAAAGCUGAGUCAAGCCAAACAUCAGUCACCAAAGUUUGUCAGAAAGCACAGAGUGAAGUGGACGGUCGUCCAGUCGUUGUGGUCGACACUCCUGGUCUGUUUGACACAACUUUGUCUCGUAAAGAGGUUCAUGAGGAGAUGGUGAAAUGCAUCAGUCUUCUGGCUCCCGGACCACACGUCUUCCUGUUGGUGUUACAGAUCGGCAGAUUUACACCAGAGGAGAAGGAAACACUGAAACUCAUCAAAGAAGGUUUUGGGAAGAAUUCUGAAAAGUUCACCAUCGUUCUUUUAACUGGAGGAGAUAAACUGGAACAUGAUAAGAUAUCUGUUGAAGAAUACAUUGAAGAAGAUUGUGAUGAUUUUUUCAAAAAGCUGAUCUCUGACUGUGGAGGAAGAUACCAUGUGUUUAAUAACUAUGAUGAACAAAACCACAAACAAGUCAGUGAGCUGAUAACAAAGAUUGACACCAUGGUGAAGGAAAAUGGAGGCAGCUGCUACACUAAUGACAUGCUGCAAGAGGCCGAAGCAGCAAUAAAGAAAGAAAAAAAAAAAGAGGAUCCUGAGAUGAUGGGAUGAAUGAAAUCAAGAAGAUGAAAAGAGACAACAGGAAGAACAAAGCUGAAGAGUUCAAUGAAUUCAAAGAGGAACAGAAGAAGGAAUUUGAAGAUCAGAAGAAGAAACAUCAUAGUGAAAUUUGUAACUCAGUGAAAUGUUUGACCAAAAAGAAACAAAAUCUGAAAGAAAUCAAUGAGUUACUGAAAAAACAAGAAGAAGAAAUGAAGAAAGAGGAAAAUGAGGAGGAAAAGAAGAAGCUGCAAGAAAAACAUGAAAAAGAAAUAAGUGACUUGAUAGAAAAACUUUCGAAACAAGUCGACACAUCAAGCUGUUCCAUUUUAUGAGAUUAGUUUCAUGUCAACGUCACAACGACAGAUCAGUUUAAGAUGUUUCCUUUUUAAAUUAGUGAAACUCUAAAAAAGGAAAGAUUUCAUAGUAAUAUUUACAGUGUACUACAAUGUAAUGAAUCAUGGACACAGAAAAUACUUCAGGUCUCUAAGUCAGCAGCUUAUAUAAUGUUAAACCACAGGUAACCAUAGCAACAGUAC